AUGGCUAUUGACGGCGAGGCUGACGAGCAAGAAACACAGGCCCUGGCUAAAAUAGCAAAUGAGGAGUACAAGACUUGGAAGAAAAACUCGCCCUUUCUCUACGAUUUAGUCUUGACACAUGCCUUGGACUGGCCUACCCUAACAACCCAAUGGUUCCCGGAUCAAGAGUUGUCGGCGGACAAGUCGCAUACCACUCAAAGGAUCCUCAUCGGCACCCAUACUUCGGAUAAUGAGCCCAACUAUCUGCAAAUCGUAAAUGUCAGGUUACCCAAUCCGAAUUCCGAAGAAUUGGGUCUGGAUAAGUAUGAUGAGCAAUCAGGAGAAAUAGGAUCUUAUAGUGAUACCCAACCCCGUUUCAAAAUCAUACAAUCGAUUCCGCACGUCGGUGAAGUAAAUCGGGCGCGGUAUAUGCCACAAAAUCCCGACUUAAUCGCGACAAAAACAAUCACAGGCGAUGUUUACGUUUUCGAUCGGACCAAGCAUCCAUCAGAUCCCCCAAAAGAUAAUAUUUGCAAGCCUGACAUCAACUUGAGAGGGCACUCGAAGGAAGGCUUUGGACUUGAUUGGAAUCCAACCAAGUCUGGCGAAAUUUUGAGUGCAUCGGAGGACGAAACAAUCUGCCAUUGGGACAUAACUGCCUAUGCAAAAGGGAAUCCGGUCAUGGAGCCGUAUCGUGUGUACAAAGGACACAGUUCUAUAGUUUCAGACGUUUCGUGGCAUUCAUCGCAAGGCCACUUGUUCGCCUCAGUCAGUGAUGAUAAGCAAUUGCUCAUAUGGGAUACGAGGAACCCCGACACAACGAAGGCUGCUCAAGUGGUCAUUGAGGCGCAUAACGGCGAGAUAAACACCGUUGCAUUUUCACCGCAAUCCGAAUUUCUGCUUGUGACUGGCGGGGCUGACCAGAACAUCAAUCUUUGGGACAAUCGAAACUUAUCGAACAAGCUCCACUGUCUACAAUCUCACCAAGACGAGCUCAUCUCCCUCGCAUGGUCCCCUUUUCAUCCGACUGUGUUUUGUUCAGGUUCAUCUGAUCGCAGGAUUAACAUAUGGGACCUAAGUAAAAUCGGCGAAGAGCAGACUCCCGAUGAUGCUGAGGAUGGCCCGCCGGAACUUCUCUUCAUCCACGGUGGACAUACCGCCAGACCAACAGAUGUCAGUUGGAGUCCUACUACACCCUGGCACCUCGUCAGUGCAGCCGAAGAUAAUGUGAUCCAACUAUGGUCACCUAAUUCAACCAUAACAAAAGGUCCCAACGGUAUUAGCAUACCUCUGGACGAACUAGAAUAA